AUGGCAUGGUCCACAUUGAAAACACGAUUGAUCUACUAUAUCCCAAUGCUCCAAUGGCUGCCUUACUAUACUACCCAGCAGUUUACUGCCGACAUUCUGUCAGGGCUGAGCAUUUCGUCAUUGUUCAUCCCACAAGCACUUUCUUAUGCCACCGGCCUCUGUCGUCUUCCUGCCAUCCACGGCUUAUACACGAUUUCGAUAUCGACCUUGGUUUAUGCAUGUUUGGGCAUGUCUCCGCAACUCUCUGUAGGACCGGAAGCAACUGUGUCUUUGAUGGUGGGUGCCGGCAUUGCUCAUCAGAAACCCAUGGAUCCAGAGACCGCAGCUGCAAUCGCUAGCCUUACUGCAUUGUUUGUUGGCCUGUUUACGCUCGGACUGGGCCUAUUACGAUUUGGCUUUUUGGACAGUUUAAUGAGUCGUGCCUUAUUGCGAGGCUUUAUUACUGGCGUGGCGGUAGUUGUCCUGAUCCAACAGACGGUGUCCCUUCUCGGCAUGGACGAUGUGGCCAAGCAGGCCGGUAUUGGUGCCAGUUCUGCAUCGUUGGAGCGAGUCGCAUUUAUCGCUACUCAUCUCGAGGCGAUUCACCCACCCACGGCACUGUUUUCUGCAUGUGUACUAUGUGCGUUGGUGAUGGCUCCUUUUAUAAAGCGCAGGAUGAAUGGUGGGUUAUUGAAACGCAUUCCCGAGGUCCUGUUGGUUGUCAUCGUGAGCACAGCUGUAUGCCGUAUCUUUCGUUUGGACAAGCUGGGCAUUGAUGUCUUGGGACAGGUUGGCUCGCAAAACCAGGCGCCACUGCCAUUGCCGAGCUGGCCAUCGUUACCCGAGGGUGCUGAUAUCAAGAGCGUCGUCGUGAAUGCGGCUGUGAUUUCCACUGUGGGCUUUGUCGAGUCCAUUGCCGCGGCUAAAAUGUUUGCUCGCAAGCAUAAUUACUUUGUCAGCGCCAAUCGUGAGUUGGUGGCCCUUGGGACAGCCAAUGUCAUCGGCAGUAUGUUUCAAACAUUUCCUGCAUUUGGCUCGUUAUCGAGAAGCAAAGUGCAUGAAGCCGUUAACCCGCAGACACAAAUGUCAGGUUUGGUAUCGGGCAUUGCAACACUGGUGGUGACCGGACUGUUGCUGCCGCAAUUUUACUAUCUACCGCAAGCGAUGCUGAGCAGCAUCAUUUUCAUGGCGGUGAUGGCUCUACUGCACGAGCUUCCCCAUGAUCUCAAGUUCAUGUGGAAAAUGCAUGCGUGGCAGGAUAUCGCUAUGCUUGCCACCACAUUCACAACAACUAUGGCAUUCUCACUCGAAUACGGCACGGCCAUUGCUGUUUUGUUCAGUUUGAUCAUUACGAUCCGACAGACAAGCUAUCCUCGAAUCACUGUCAUGGGACGAGUCAAAGAAACGUUAUACAAGUUUGGUCCGAUUAAAAAUAGUCGGGGACUCGUCGAGCAUUUGGAAGAAGUUUUGAUUGUUCGUGUUGAAGAACCGCUUUACUUUGUCAAUACAGGACAGCUAAAGGACAGAUUACGGCGUAUUGAGCAUUACGGCGAUUUGUCGGUUCAUCCGUCCGAAGCUCCUCUACGUAGUGACGAGAAUCUGAGUUAUAUCAUCUUUGACCUGGCCGGAAUGGAGACCAUCGACGCAAGUGCUGUACAGAUCCUAUAUGAAAUCUUUGAGUCAUACCAUGCUCGAGACAUCCAUGUGUACAUUGUCAAAGUACAUCCAAAUGCGAUGCCACUGUUAGAACGGGGCGGGCUUUUGGAUUUGAUCGGUCGAAGGCAGCUCUAUACGGAUGUUGCAGACGCUAUUCAAGCUGUUGAAUACGACAUUUCCUCCAUAUAAAACGUGAUAUUUAUUGUUUUUCACUACAUCGACUCGUCCUCCAAGCCAUCAUCAAAAGCCAACUAUAGCAGAACAACAAGAAAAACAAAAGGCCGUUCUUGCUUAUUAUACCUUUUUCGUAAUAAAUCUAUUUUUGCUGAAACAG